AUGGCAUCUGUGAAAACCCUCUCGGCUCAGCAGCUCACCUACGACUAUGUCAUCGUAGGAGGCGGAACGGCUGGCUGCGUUAUCGCCGGCCGGCUUGCGGUCCAGCUCCCCGACAAGCGUAUUCUGCUCAUCGAAGCCGGACCGAGUGACUGGAAGGAUGACAGGAUUCUCGACUUGAGGAACAUGUAUAACCUCAUGGGCAGCGAGUUUGACUACGGUUACAAAUCAACCGAACAACCAUUUGGCAAUAGCGACAUUCUCCAUUCCCGUGCAAAGGUCCUCGGCGGCUGCUCCAGCCACAAUGGAUCAAUUGCAAUGCACCCGCUGGAGUACGAUUGUCGGAAGUGGGUUGAGGCCGGCGCCGCAGGAUGGUCAUUCGACACCUUCAAGCGUCUCAUCCGGAAGCUGCGUACCGACAUCAAUGAGAUUCACGAGCGUCACCGCAACCCCAUUGUCGAGGACUUCAUCGAGGCUGCCGCCAAAGCCACGAGGGUACCUCCGGUGAAGAACUUUGUCCGAGAAACUGCUACUGGGACCGGUUUGCAUGGCGGAGGUGUCGGAUAUGUCCCCCUGACGUACAACCCGGACAAUGGCCAACGCAUCAGCGCCAGUGUUGCGUAUAUUCACCCUAUUAUUGGGGGUGAAGUCCAUCGACCGAACCUCACAGUCCUUACCGACGCGUGGGUGUCUCGUAUCAAUACCACCAACCACGUUGCUACGGGUGUGAACCUGACGUUUGAGUCAAACAAGUCAGCAACCAUCAACGCCAAGGUCGAACUUGUUCUCUGCGCGGGAGCCAUUGACACCCCUCGCCUGAUGAUGCUGUCAGGACUAGGCCCCCGCGACCACCUCCAAAGCCUUGGCAUUCCUGUUGUCCAGGACUUGCCAGGCGUUGGUGAGAACCUCAUGGAUCACCCCGAGACCAUCAUCACCUGGGAGCUUCACGCGCCUCUUCCCGACCGCACCGUCAUGUGGGCUGAUGCGGCGAUCCUUGCGCGCCGAGAGCCGCCAAAUGCAGCUGGCGAUGACGGCAUCACUCCGGACACCAUGAUGCAUAUAUACACCAUGCCGUUCAAGGGCCAUACCGAGGGCAUGGACUACGAUCAGCCGGACAACGUCUUCUCCCUAACCCCCAAUGUCCCAAGAUCCCGUGCUCGCGGACGGAUUUCUCUCAAGUCUGCAGACCCCAAGGAGCAUCCUGCUAUCGACUUUCGUUACUACACUGACCCCGAGGGUUAUGACGAGGCUACAAUGGUAUGGUCACUGAAACAGGCCCGAAAGAUUGUUAACGAGGCCCCCCUCAAGAACUGGAUUAAGCGUGAGGUGUGCCCCGGAGUCCAUAUUCAGAGCGACAAGGAUCUCGGCGAGUUUGCCCGGAAGGCUGGAAGCACAGUCUACCACCCUUGCGGCACAACAAAGAUUGCAGACCUCUCGCGGGAUCCCAUGGGCGUCGUAAGCCCCGAGCUCAAGGUCAAGGGCAUUAGGAACUUGCGCAUUGCUGAUGCAGGCGUUUUCCCGUUAAUUACGACUAUUAACCCCAUGUUGACGGUUUUGGCCGUGGGAGAGCGUGCCGCGGAACUCAUAGUGGAGGAUGCCAAAAUCCGGCCUUCGUUGUAA